AUGUGCGGCCGCUACGCUCUGUAUCUGCGACCCUCCCAGGUCCGUCGCAUGCUCCAGGACAACGACAUGCAGGUCGACGACUACCCGGCCGACGAGGGCGAGGGCGCCCCGCGGCAGAGCUACAACUUUGCGCCGGGCUACCACGGCAUCGUCUACAGGGCCGACGUGCCGGACUGGGGCGCGGGGCCGCGGCGGUCCGGCGGCGGAGCGCAGCAGGACAAGGAGGCGAGAGGUGACGCGCCUCCCCCCGCAGCAGCCGCGGAGGGACACAACGCAGACGCGAGCGAGGCGUCACGAGCGGUUCAUUACAAGCUGCAGUCGAUGAAGUGGGGGCUCGUGCCCUUCUGGACCAAGCGCAACCCGGACUACCCCUCGGUGCUCAAGACGAUCAACUGCCGCGACGACUCGCUGGCGUCGGCGGGCGGCAUGUGGGCGAGCAUGAAGGCGCGCAAGCGGUGCGUCGUCGUGGCGCAGGGCUUCUACGAGUGGCUGCAGAAGGGCAAGGAGAAGGUGCCGCACUUUGUCAAGAGGAAGGACGGCGGGCUGAUGUGCUUUGCGGGGCUGUGGGACGUGGUGCAGUACGAAGACGACCCGCAGAAGCACUACACGUACACCAUCAUCACGACCGACUCGAACAAGCAGCUCCGGUUCCUGCACGACCGCAUGCCCGUCAUCCUGGACGCCGGGUCCGACGCCCUGCGCGUCUGGCUCGACCCGGCCCGGCACGAGUGGAGCCGGGAGCUGCAGGCGCUGCUCCGGCCGUUCGCGGGCGAGCUCGAGGUCUACCCGGUCAGCAAGGAGGUCGGCAAGGUGGGCAACAACUCGCCGUCGUUCAUCGUGCCCGUGGCCAGCAGGGAGAACAAGUCCAACAUUGCCAACUUCUUUGCCAACGCGAGCAACAAGACUUCGCCGACGAAAGUGAAGAAAAAGGAAGAGGAUGACGGAGGCGCGAAGGACAAGCCCGAGGUGGAGAUCAAGCAGGAGGUCGACAAACGCGACGGUAGUGGUGAUGAUAGCAGGACGGCCGUCGUCAAGACCGAGUCUGUCGAAGAGGCCAGUCGGGAAGCUGACGAUGGUGGGAUGCAGGCAAGCCCAUUGCCCAAGGGGAUCAAGAGAGAGGCCGAUGUGGACGAGGAUCAGUGGAGCCCCCCGGCCAAGAAGGCUGCUACGGGCAGCAGUCCAGCAAAGCAAACGCCCUCAUCGCCCGUCAAACAGGUCGGCCGGCCCAAGAUCAGCUCCACGAGCAACGGCACGGCCAACAAGUCGCCCAGCAAGGCGGCGGCGGCUGCUGCAAAGGCAGCGGGGUCACAAAAGAUCACCAAGUUCUUUGCCAACAGCUCUUGA